UAGGCAUGAAACAUGGCCAAAAUGAUGGGAAAUCAUUUUGGCCAUGUUUUUAACAAGUACAAAUACAGUACCAUGCAUCGUCCCACAUUAUACCCUAUGUUGAUUAGUGUGUAGGCUGCAUUCCUAGUAUUGUUUUAUUUUUGUGUUUAUCGGUAAUUUUUUAAUUCAUAUUAUGUUCAUUUUAUAUUCUUAUAAUGAUAAGAAAAUAUAUUGAUGGUCUGUGUGGUGGAAAAAUAAAACUUUUAUAUAUUUUUGUUCCACUUCAAAUUAAAAAUUCUUUAACUUUAUAAGUUUUUAUUUAUUUUUAAAAUAAAUAAUAUUGUUUUUCUUUUAUUUUUCAGGCAAGUCUGAUGAAGUUGGUAUUUCAGAGAAAAUUUUACUUGUAGCUGAACCUGUGAAUGAAGAAAGCAGCCUUACUACAUUAAUACCGAUACUGACAGUUGCAGAAUUUUCAGAAUCAAGAUGCCGAUCAUUCGUUCGCAAGGAAGGGGAGCCAUGGCGUGGACCGUCGGUCUGGAAGGAGGCCCGUCGGAUAAUACCGACGCCGUCCGCCACCAGAUGCCGCCACGCUCACCGUCGACAACACAGGCCGCUGAGGCGCCAUCUUGCCCCCGCGAUGAGGGGGUACUCCUGCCCGUGCCGGCCAUUACAACCGGUACACCGAAGCAGAGGCAACAAAUAGAAGGCAACGAUGACAUUCGCUGUGCAUCACCGCCAACAGCCCGGGAAGAUACCCGCGCCGAAGAGCCACCGAGGGGCCACCCCGAUAGAAGUACAAAGUCAAAGAAAACUAUUCAGCCCCAUAAAAAAGUUUUGAAGGCUCGUGAAGAAGUGUUGAGAAUCAAAUUGGAACUCGCACAGAUCUCCUUACAGAUGGCUGAAGAAGAAGAUGAAUCGGACGACUAUGAUGAAGAUGGUCACUCCAAAAGCGAGUACGUCCGGUCUUGGCUCGAAAAUUCCGUAGCCAAGCAAAAGCCAACUCAAUGCGCCACCACUGGAGGGGAGGCCCCACUAAAUAAAACCGUCACAAAGCCACCCCCGGAGGUUGUCGACCUCAGUGAGCCGCAGAAGAAGCUCACAAAUCAGGAUUCGAAGGUUGAUGAAGACAGGGGGCUCCUACCAAUUGUAUCAGAGCUCACCUACCAGGACCCCUAUCCGGAAGAUGUACCGAAGAAUCCCAUGCCAAAGACGCCUAACCAGGCACCUGUCAUUAAUGAAGACAGGGGGCUCCGACCAUUUAUAUCGGAGCUCAAAUCCGCUAUAGCUGCACUCGCUGACAAACCAAAACCAGAGAGUGCAUCACUAUCGUCGCAUACUUUCACAGCGUCGAAAGCUAUAAUGACACUGCCGAGCUUUAGCGGAGCACAUACCGAAUGGCUUUCGUUCCGUGCCAUUUACGAAACAACCCGAGGCUACUUCAAUGAUAUCGAAAAUACUGCAAGACUACGAAGAAGUCUACAAGGAAGAGCCUUGGAAACAGUCAGCUCAGAACUCAUCGGGCAUGCUAAGCCAGAUGAGAUUAUGCGAGAACUGGAGCUACAAUUUGGGCGUCCAGAUUCAAUUGCACAAGCCAAAACCGAGAAAUUACGAGGAUUACCAUGCUGUACAGAAGCACCUAGAGACAUCUGCACAUUCGCGAGCAAAGUGAGGGGAAGCGUCGUCACUCUUCGAGCACUCAAACGAGAUCAUUACCUCGUCAACGCAGAGCUGCUACGACACCUCACCGACAAGUUGCCAAAUUCUAUACGUGCACAGUGGUAUAGAAUCUACACCGAAAAAUACGACUCUAGACCAGACCUCGGUUCCUUCAGAGAGUUUAUCACCGAACAAGCUCGCUUCUGCAGUGCAUUUGCGCCUCCUGAAAUUAUAAACGGAGCGCAGAGCAAUCGUUCAGUACACAUAACACACGCGGCUACCACUAAGCCGUCUCUGAAAUGCAGAGUGUGCGAAAAGGAAGGUCAUUACGGAUCCGACUGUAACAAAUUUAAAGAAGCAGAUGUCGAUAAAAAAUGGGAAAUUGCAAAACAAAGUAAUUUAUGUUUCCGGUGUCUACGCUAUAAAAAUCAGACACACAAAUGUAAAACCACUAAGUGUGGAAUAAAAGGAUGCACCGCGACACACAAUCGACUUCUCCACUAUAAUAAAAAGGAGAAGACAGAGGUCACACAAAAAGAACCUCAAGAAACCGUAGCUAACUCGUUCGCUGUGUCAAAGCAUCAAGCCUAUCUAAAAAUAAUUCCAGUUAGAGUAAUUGGACCGGCGGGAGCGGUAAACACACACGCCCUGCUGGAUGAUGGGUCAACAGUCUCAUUAAUGGAUGAAGAGAUUGCCAAACAAAUCGGAGCUACAGGGCGGUUGGACCCAUUUAAGAUCACCGCUAUCGGGAACACUACCCUCGAUUCACCGGACUCCCGAAGAGUCCAAGUUUUGCUGAAGAGUCUCCUCAGAAAAAGGGUGCCAUUCAGAGCACGCACGGUCGCCAGCCUAAACUUGGGGCCACAGACUGUGUGUGCAGCAGAUAUAGCAAAUUGCAAACACUUAAAAGACCUGAAGGACCAACUAAUAUAUGACUCCGGCAACCCAAGGAUCCUAAUAGGACAGGACAAUUGGAGACUUCUGAUAGCCACUCAAGUCUGCAGAGGUCCGCCGCACCAGCCAAUCGCCUCGCUCACAGAACUAGGAUGGGUGCUACACGGGGCACACACUAAAGCCCCGUAUCAGCGCGUCCACGCGGCCAAUGAGCUGCACACGAGUGAGGAAACCAUAAAUGAUCAACUCCACGAAUACUUCGCGCCAGAAUCUCUCGUAAUCAAUCUGAGAAGACUAGACUCCGAUCCGGAGAAGAAAGAUGAAAACAUACUAAAUAGCAGCACCCGUCAGUUGGAAGACGGGCUCAUAGAAACAGAAUUUCUCUGGAAGAAAAAAAAUGUCACGAUGCCUGUCAACGACAAAACGACAGUAAAGGGUUCCAGAAGUUAUAAACCUUUCGUUGCACACAGUAUAGCAGCAAUCGAGGACCAUAGUAAAGUGGAUGACUGGCGCUAGGUACCUACCAAAUUAAACAUAGCUGACACCGCUACGAGGGACGUACCACCGAACUUCGACUCAAAUCACGAGUGGUACAACGGCCCAUCGUUUCUUUACAAAGAACCGUCAGCAUGGCCGACCGAAAAACCCACGUCAUCCGAACCGACCGGUGAAGAAAGAUCCUUCACCAUUACAGAAUCGCAUAAAGUGCCGCUAUUCAGAGAAGCCAUUCCCGAUCCAGUAAAGUUUUCGAAAUGGGAACGCUCAUUGCGAGUUACGGCCAGAAUGCUUCAGUUUAUUACACUCUGCCGCAAAACAACAGACAGGACCUUUUACAAAAGGACCAAAAGGAGUAAAGAGGAAGAUCCCGACUGGAGGAAAUCGAAAAAUAAUCCGCGACACCUCGCGCAGCCUCCCAGUCGAGUGAAAAAUAAAGAUGCAAAUAAAUACAUCACGCUCGAGGCCGAAUUCAUCAGAGAGGCCGAAAAGCUCCUAACACGUGUCAUCCAAGAGGACUCCUUCAAACGAGAGAUAGCCGAUCUCCAUAAAGAUAAAAGGGUCGCUCAUGAUAGCCGCCUACGACCGCUCCAAAUAGAGUUGAAAGACGGGAUCAUCGCUCUACGAAGUCGCAUAGCCGCCGUGAAGGGAGUCUCGGAAGACAUGAAAGGGCCAGCUAUAUUGGAUGGUGAUCAUUACAUCACUCAAUUGUACAUAGACUGGACGCAUCGUAGCCUGCAUCAUUGUGGAACCGAACCUACCAUCAACGAGGUUCGACAGCACUACUGGGUGAUCCGACUUCGACCCACCACGAAAAAGAUAGUGAGUCAAUGCUUAAAGUGUCGGAUUAGAAAAGCGCAACCACUAGCGCCAGCCACCGGUGAUAAUCCCAGUACACGUCUCGCUCAUCACCAGAGACCGUUCACCUUCACCGGUCUGAGCUACAUUGGGCCACCGGAAAUUCAAAACCGGCGGGAGGCUCAUGGACGAAGCCUCAUAGCUGACGGCCAGAUACCUCGUAACACCUGGCCACGAGGAAGGAUUGAAGCGAUUUUCCCCGGUACGGACGGAUAGAUCCGCACUGUGGAGGUACGCACCGCAAACGGCCUAAUCAAGAGGUCAACCAGGAAACUCGUGCCGCUGCCGAAGUAGAAGCAACGUCGCUCACCGAAAUGGAUGCAGCGCCACUGCGAUGAGAUCUUCGCGACGCUGCACGGCGGGAGAGAUGUUCGCGACGCUGCACGGCGGGAGAGAUGUUCGCGACGGCAUAAAGACUUUAAGGAAAAAUGAUGAAAGAAUAUUUGUUUUGUAUAAAAAGUGAAAUUAGCAACGAAAUCGAGCAGAUUGUGUAUUAAUAUGGUUUUACAGUGUGUUUACAACUCUUAAUAUAUUUGUAUAGAAUGUCGUUUUAAUAAUAGUUGAUAUAAAGGACGGCUCCGUGGCGCAGUGGCUUAGCAAGCAGUUGUUGCGCUGGGGGCCGCGGGUUCGAAUCCCGCACGGAACAAGUAUAUGUAUGGCCUACAAAUAAUUGUUCCGGGUCUGGAUGUUUGUCCUUGUGCAAUUUAUGUUUGUAAACUGCCUCCACGACACAGGAGAAAAUCCUAGUGUGGGGGUAACGUUUUUAAAAAAAGAAAAAAAAAACAACUAAGCAUUUAAGAAAAAUUCGACCAAUCACAGCGCAUCAUAUCGUAGAACUUUCUGGAAGUUUAAUUAACUGCGCAAUAGUUUAUACUGAAAAUAAUGAGAAUAUUUUUGUGUUCUAAAAGAGUUGUAAAUAUGAUAUUUAGUUAGCAUAUGGUGUGUAGAUUACGAUAGUAAAGAAAUAAUUUGUAUAAUUAAACGCAUUUGAUAAAUAUAGAAAAAUUAAAGAAUUAAUGUACCCAUUUGUUGUGAAAAUUUGGGACAUUUCAUUUAAUAACUUUUUAAAUGUAAAUAUAUUGAAUAACCUUUAUCACAUACUGAUAAAGGACCAAAAUGCCUAUUUAAUGAUGUAUAGCGUGUUAGUGUAAAAAUUAGCCUUGUAUAGAAAAUAUUGCGAUUUGUGCUAAUUACAUAGUGAAAAUGUUUAAAAAUAAAGAGGCAAAACGGAAAAUGGCAAGCGGCUCACUAUACAGUAUAGCCGAAGUCUACCUUAUGGGGGCCGAAUCCCAGUAACGUUGUAGUAGGAAGAACUACCAGUGACAAGCAGUAGUAUCCGGUAGUAGCUGAAGUGACUAGUAGCAGAACAUAGUGAACAGUAAUAGUGAAUUAGAAAAAGUUUAGCUAGCCGAAAAAGGUCGUAACUGAAAAUCGCAGUUACACAUAGCCGAAAAAAGUGGCAACUGAAAAUUCGCAGUUGCAUAUAGUAAAAAAGUGUUAGCUAGCCGAAAAAAGUGGUAACUGAAAAUUCGCAGUUACAUAUAGUAAAAAAGUGUUAGCUAGCCGAAAAUAGUGGUAACGGAAAAUUCGCCGUUACAUAUAGUGAAAAGUGUUAGCUAGACGGAAAAGGUGGUAACUGAUAUUCGCAGUUACACGAGUGAUAAAAUCAACUAGUUUUAGUUGAUUAAUAGCUACUAGUCAGUAGUGUUAGAAAACCAGCUACUACCAAUAGAUAUUUUGAUACUACCAAUAGAUAUUUGAUACUACCAAUAGAUAUUUUGAUACUACCAAUAGAUAUUUGAUACUACCAAUAUAUAUUUGAUACUACCAAUAGAUAUUUUGAUACUACCAGUAGAUAUUUUGAUACUACCAAUAGAUAUUUUGAUAUUACCAAUAGAUAUUUUAAUACUACCGCACAUUUUAAUUGAAUCUUUUGAAAUAUAUAGUGACCAACCGAUAAUGAACAACCGUAGUUGAACAACCGUGUUCAACAACCGUGGUCAAUAAAUAAUAGUUAUAAAAUUUCGCGACUAAUUAAUCAGUCGAACCGCUGGCCACUCCCUUGCUAUUUUAAUUUA